AUGGAUCCCCCAAUCAUCAACUUGGAAGAACACUUCUGCUACUCAGAAGAAUGCAUGCGCAUGGGAGAUCCUGCAAGCCCGUAUAUCGACCUCAGCACUUACCUCCCGGGCAUCAAGGAGUCCUUACUGGACGUGGGACCCAUCCGAAUUGAAGCCAUGAACAAGAUCAACUGUACCUACCAAGUCAUCUCCCACGCACCACUGAACCACAAUCUCAACGCAGCGCAAUGCCGAGCCGCAAACGACAAACUAGCAGCUCACGUACGAGCCCGACCUUCUCGAUUCGCAGGUUUCGCCGUCCUCCUCGUUGCCGAACCACAGGAAUGCGCCACAGAACUCAGACGUUGCAUCGAACAGCUCGGCUUCGUCGGCGCCCUGAUCGAUUCUCACACCCACACGGGCACCUACUACGACGGCGAAGCAUAUCACGCAAUGUUCGCCACCGCGCAAGACCUCGACGUCCCAAUCUACCUCCACCCAACCUACCCCAGCGACGCCGAGGCCAUCUCCCAGUUCCAGGGAAACUACGAGCACCUGAAGUCCUCCAUGAUCGGCACCAGCGCCUUUGGCUGGCACGCCGACGUCGCGCUGCAUGUCAUCCGGCUCUUUGCGUCGGGGCUCUUCGAUCAAUACCCGCGCGUCAAAAUCAUUCUGGGCCACAUGGGCGAGACGAUCCCCUUCAUGCUGGGCCGGAUCGAGAAUAACUGUUCCUUUUGGGCGAUGGAGCGGUCGUUUCGGACCGUCUAUGAGGAGAAUAUCUGGAUUACGACGACGGGUAAUUGGAGUCUUGAUCCGAUGUAUUGUAUUCUUCGAAAUACUUCGAUCGAGCAUAUUAUGGUUAGUGCUGAUUAUCCUUUUAAUGAUGGGCGGAGUUCGAGGAAUUUUAUCGAGGAGUUGAAGGAGUCUGGGCUGGUUAGUCGAGAGCAGCUUGAGAAGAUUGCGUUUCGUAAUGCGGAGAGACUGUUGAAGUUGACGGAUCGACACAGUCGUCCGCAGGAAACUACAUGA